AGAGAAAGAGGAAAUAUUUAUAAAACCUCCCAAAGAUCCAAAGAAUUUGCAAAUACGCUGGAGGUUAUAAAGUAGUCACAAUCUGAAUAGCAAAGGAGACUGCAGCUGACCAAAGGGCUUCAUCACUGUGAACUGGACGUGCCUUUAUAAUGGUAAGCAGUAACAGCUCCGGCUGUGUCUACGAUGACUCCUUUAAAUACACUUUGUACGGCUGCAUGUUUAGUAUGGUGUUUGUACUUGGGUUAAUAUCCAACUGUGUUGCCAUAUAUAUUUUCAUCUGCACCCUCAAAGUCCGAAAUGAAACCACAACAUACAUGAUUAACUUGGCAAUGUCAGACUUGCUUUUUGUCUUUACUUUACCCUUCAGGAUUUUUUACUUUGCAACACGGAAUUGGCCAUUUGGAGAUUUACUUUGUAAAAUUUCGGUGAUGCUGUUUUAUACCAACAUGUAUGGAAGCAUUCUGUUCUUAACUUGUAUUAGUGUAGAUCGAUUUCUGGCAAUCCUCUACCCAUUUAAGUCAAAGACUCUAAGAACCAAACGAAAUGCAAAAAUCGUUUGCAUUGCUGUAUGGUUAACCGUGAUGGGAGGAAGCGCACCAGCAGUUUUUUUUCCGUCUACACACUCUCAGGGGAACAAUACCUCAGAAGCCUGCUUUGAAAAUUUUCCAGAAGCCACAUGGAAAACAUAUCUCUCAAGGAUUGUAAUUUUCAUUGAAAUAGUGGGAUUUUUUAUUCCUCUAAUUUUAAAUGUAACUUGUUCUAGUAUGGUGCUAAGAACUUUAAACAAACCUGUUACAUUAAGUAGAAGCAAAAUAAACAAAACUAAAGUUUUAAAAAUGAUUUUUGUACAUUUGGUCAUAUUCUGCUUCUGUUUCGUGCCUUACAAUAUCAACCUUAUUUUAUAUUCUCUUAUGAGAACACAGACAUUUGUUAAUUGCUCAGCAGUGACAGCCGUAAGAACCAUGUACCCAAUCACUCUCUGCAUUGCUGUUUCAAACUGUUGCUUUGACCCUAUAGUUUACUACUUCACGUCGGACACAAUUCAGAAUUCAAUAAAAAUGAAAAACUGGUCUGCUAGGAGAAUUGAUUCCAGAUUCUCUGAAGUUCAAGGCACAGAGAACUUUAUUCAACAUAACUUACAGAACUUAAAAAGUAAGAUAUUUGACAACGAAUCUACAAUAUAAGCUGCCUGAA